AUUAUAUAUUAUAUAAUAUAUAAUAGUAAGACUUCGCGUGCCCACAAAAUCUUUUCGCGUGCCAUAGAUUUGCCAUCACUGGUAUAGACAGACCCAUAUAUUAUUUUCCUAAUCAAGUUAUUAUCAACUGCGUGUCCGAGUUGAUAGCGGGUUUUAAGCACAUGCCAUUCAGACCAAAGAAACGUUCGCUUCUCUCCUCAUUUCUCUUCUGCAUACUCGCAAGAUAUCGGCGACCGCUGCUCGUUACCGUUCAACGGAGUUCUUUGAAGCGAUAGUUCCAUUUGUAAUUGAUAAAAUCUGAUGGAUGACACUGUCAAAAUGGAUUACGCGCCAACCACGGUGUCAGCAACAGUUGCUAAAAUACUAUGUUGCCAGUGCGGUGUGACUAUGGAACCGAAUCCGGCCAACAUGUGUGUGUCGUGUCUUCGUACUCAUGUAGAUAUCACACAAGACAUACCCAAGCAAGGGACAUUGCAAUUUUGUCGUAACUGUGAACGAUAUUUACAACCGCCAUUUGAGUGGAUAUCAUGUGCCCUUGAAUCUAAAGAACUGUUGGGUCUUUGCUUACGUAAGCUAAAAGCUUUAAAUAAAGUGAAACUUGUUGAUGCUGGAUUUAUUUGGACCGAACCUCAUUCCAAACGUAUUAAGGUAAAGCUUACCGUACAUGGUGAAGUUAUGAGUGGCAUGACAUUGCAGCAAGUAUUUAUAGUUGAAUUUACUGUUGCCAAUCAAAUGUGUGAUGAUUGUCAUCGGUCUGAAGCUCAAGAUUUUUGGCGUGCCUUAGUUCAAGUUAGACAGAAGUCUGAUAAUAAGAAAACAUUUUAUUACUUAGAACAGUUAAUGUUAAAACACAAAGCACAUCAAAAUACAUUGUCUAUAAAGCCAGAAUCAAAUGGCUUGGAUUUUUAUUAUUCCACUGAAUCACAAGCUCGUAAGCUUGUAGAUUUUAUGUCUGCUGUAUUACCAUGUAGAUAUCAGCAGUCUAAAAAGCUUUUGUCUCAUGAUAUUCAUAGUAAUGUUUAUAAUUACAAAUUUACAUACAGUGUAGAAAUUGUACCUAUUAUGAAGGAUAGUGUUGUUUGCUUGUCUAAAAAAGUGAGUCAGCAACUAGGAGGAAUCAGUCCUUUAUGUAUUGUAUAUAGGGUUACAAACUCCAUCAAAUUGAUUGAUCCUUCAACUGCACAAUUGGCAGAAGUAAAUGGUGCAUCAUAUUGGAGAGAUAGUUUUCAGAGUAUAUUUAAAAGUAAACAAUUAACAGAAUAUACUGUAAUGGAUAUUGAGCCAAUUAUGGAAAAAGAUAGAGUACAAUUUCCAGGACAAGGCCAAAUUUCAUACAAACACAUGUUAGCUGAUGUAUGGGUAGUUAGAUCCUGUGACUUAGGAUUGACAACAGAUUCUAUUCAUUGUCGAACACACUUAGGACAUGUCCUCAAGCCAAUGGACACUGUAUUAGGUUAUGCUAUUGCAGAUAGUAAUGUUAAUGAUAGUAAUUUUGAUAAGUUGUCUAAAACUUCAUUACCUGAUGUUAUACUUAUCAAGAAAAAUUAUCCUGAUCGUUCAAGGCAUCGCAGACGUAACUGGAAAUUAAAACGAAUGACCACAGAUACAGACAACAACUUAGAAAGCGAUAAUAAUGAUAUGGAUGAAUUUAUGGAUGAUUUAGAAGAAGACAAAGAUUUGCGACAAAAUAUUAAUAUUUAUAAAAAUCCAGAUGCUGACAAUGAGUCUGUUAUAGAAGAUGAUGAUGAUGCACCAAAAAUCAGUCUUGAGGAAAUGAUGGAAGAUUUGUAUAUUUAUGAAGAUGAUGUAAUGGAAGUGUAUGAGUAAAAGAUUUUGUUAUUUCUGGUUGUAAGAAUUUACAAUGUAUAAUUGAGGUUUACAUUUUGUUUUUAUUCAGUAAAUUUGAAUGUCAUAAAUAAUAUU